AUGUUGUUUAACCCGAGUGCACCUGUCCACGCCUCCUGUCCAGUCCAGUCCAGUCCAGACGUCCCGACGCCCACCGCCAUGGCCGAGGAGGACCCCCAGCAGCAGGCGGACCGCGGGGCGAGGAGCCUGCCCGGCCUGCUCACCGGGCUGCAGGGUGCUGAGGCCAGUGCUCUGCAGCUCAGGAUCAAGAACUCCAUCUGCAAAUCUGUUCAAUCCAAAGUGGAAAACAUCCUGCAAGAUGUGGAGAAGUUCUCAGACAUCGAAAAACUCUACCUCUACCUUAAGUUGCCUUCUGGUCCGAGCAGCAGCACUGAUAAAAGUGACCAGAGCGCCCUGUCAUCAAGCCGCACACAGCAGAUGCAUGCGUUCAACUGGAUCCGCCAUCAUUUAGAGGAAUACCCAGAGACGUCUCUUCCCAAACAGGAGGUCUAUGAUGAAUACAAGAGCUUCUGUGACAACCUGAACUACCACCCACUGAGUGCUGCCGACUUUGGAAAAAUGAUGAAAAAUGUCUUCCCGAACAUGAAGGCGCGUCGGCUUGGCAUGAGAGGAAAAUCAAAAUACUGCUACAGUGGGCUGAGGAAGAGGCCCUUUGUUCACAUGCCAUCUUUACCCACUCUGGAUCUCCAUAAAUCAGGGGAUGGACUCCAAUGUGACGUCCUGGAGUCACCGGGCCAGCUGAGCAGCAUAAAGGAGGACGUGCGAUUUGCAGCCUGUGAUCUGGUGUGUGAGUGGGCCCAAAAGGUGCUGAAACGCCAGUUCGAUACCGUGGAAGACCUGGCUCGCUUCCUAAUCGACAGCCAUUACAUCAGCAACAAGUCUCUGGCAGCUCUCACCAUAAUGACCGGCACAACAACAGAGGUCAAGCCUCCACAGACGGUCUCAGCGUUCAUCCCCACAACUGAGGCUCACUCCUUCCAGCCUCAGGUGACAACCCUGUCCUCUCCGUCUGUCGAUGCAAAGCAGCAGCUCCAGAGGAAGAUCCAGAGGAAACAGCAGGAACAGAAGCUGCACUCUCCUUCACCUGGAGAGGCACAAACCAAGAGGGCAGAUGACAGUGUGCCGUGUGCCAGCCCCGCCCCUCUGUCACCUCAGCCAACCAUAGGCAUCAUGGUCGCUGCUGUCCCGAGCCCCAUCACGGUUCAGAGAAGCCGGCAGCUGAUGUCCCCCAGUCCAAUGGGAACAGUAGAGAGCAAAAUGCUGCCCAUCAACUUCCAAAUGUUGACCCAGCCAGUUCAGGCAGUGAAACAGAGCCAGAAGACCCCGCAAAAUAUCCUAGCCAGCCCUCUGGGGGAACGCACUGCUCGGCAGCGUUAUGCGCAAAUCCUGCCCAAGCCUGCGGCCACCACUUCUAUCACUUUGCGCUCGCCCUCCACCAUGAUCAUCGGCAACAGCCCUGUUAAGACCAUGAUGACUACAUGUCACGUCAGCCCGGUCAGUUUGGUCAAGAUGACAGCCAUAUCGCUUGCACCCAACAGCAGCAAUACCACCACUUCCCUCUCAAACGCCACUCUGCGGCCGGCAUCUGCAGGCAUUAGUAGCUCUGCAGGUGCAGAAGACAUCAGCUCUUGUCAAAGCACGAGGAGUACCUCUGCAGUCCCCAUUCUGGCCCCGGUGGUCAGACCCAGCGACACUACUAACACUCAUACCAUCGAUGUUGAAAUGGAAGUUGAAGCUAUACAUAAAAACAGCCAAAUGCAAAAUCCUGGUGGUCAAGUAUUGACUCAAGAAGCAAUGGCAAGUAGGGCUGGAGGGGCUUCACAGAGGGCUGCCAGUGUGCCCAUACCCCAGUCUAAAGGCUUCCUGGGUCUGGAGGACACAUCCAGCACUGACCGCAACGAGAAGUCCUCCUUAAGCACUAACACUGUGGCAGCAGUCAACAGCAGCAAUAAUGGCGUUAAUAACACCAGCACUUUGCACUUAACUCCCUCAACUCAGAAUACCAGCACUGCGUCUUUACUGAACACCAGCAGACCACCUUCAUUUGGGGAAAGCAGCAAUGCAACAUCAGCAAAAGAAGGUUUCUUAUCCACUAAGGGCCUCAGGAAACGUUCAGGCCUCAGCCCUGACCUUUCUCCAGUCAAAAGGGUUUUUAUGCCCCAGCAGCCGGAGCUAGAGGGCGCUGCUUGUCUUGGAUAUGGGAUUAGAAAUGUGACCGGUAACAUCCUCAGGCCAGGACCUCCAACUAGACCUGAGAGCGCACCUGCUACCAGAGAGGUAGAGACGAAAAUGAACUCUGUCCCAUCCAGUCAAGUACACGCACUCUGCACUUCCUCUUUCAGAGCCAGUGGCUUUUACUCUGUUGCCAAAACACAGAGCUCAAUGCAGAGGAAAAACACUCCCACUGUUAUGGAAACUAGCACCUCAGUCAGUCACGCAUUAAUACAGCAACAGUCGGGGCACACAGUGGCCAACAUGCAUGCCAUACCUAAUAACCCUGGUCUCCAAACACAGUCAGGUGUGAGUGAUGUUAACAGUUCAGCCACGGGGAGCAUGGAAGGAGCUCAACAACACACUUACGCUCAGGCCAACCCUGCUGACUGUUUGCAUCAAGGUUCAUCGUCGAGCCAGCUUCCUAUGCAGACAGAUAUGGACUACUUUCCCUUUGAUGAUGAUGUGACUCAGGACAGCAUUGUGGAGGAGCUGGUGCAGAUGGAGGAGCAGAUGAAACUUAACAACCUGCAGGAGUUUAGAGACUGUGUCACGCUGCAGGGCCAACAGGCUGUGAUGCAGGACAACACAAUGUCUACCAAUCAAACCAUGACUGCUUUCUAUCAUUCUGCUAACAGCCGCAACAACCCCAUCCAAACUCCAACACCCACACCCACACCCACGUCAGAAAUGAUGGGAGGAGCCCAAGGCCUCACCGGAGAGAGCCCCUUCUCCCGCAUCGCCUCCACAACCCCAGUGGACAGCGCACUGGGAAGCAGCCGUCACACCCCAGUUGGUACUCCACACUCCAACUGCAGCAGCACUGUGCCUCCCAGCCCAGUGGAGUGCAGGAACCCGUUUGCAUUCACACCCAUCAACUCCAGCAUCACUGGUUUCCAUGAAGGCAGUACAGUCUCCAGCAGCCCUGUCAAGCCUAUGCAGAGACCGAUGGCCACCCACCCAGACAAGACCAGACUGGAGUGGAUGAAUAACAGUUACAACAGCAGCAGCGGGAGCUUAAACAAGUCAAACAGUGGAAUGGGAAUCCUCCCCAGCUACCAAGGCCUGAUAGGUGACCAGUUUCAAAAACCUCAUGCCUUCGCCGUCCCUCAUGCACGGCACCAUGACAGCCAUUUUGGCCGCCUGACUCCCAUCUCGCCGGUGCAGCAGCAGGUAGCCAACAUGGCCAAGCAGGAGGGCUUUGCUGUGCCUGCCCCUCUGGACAACAAAGCCACCAACUCACCUGCUACAACUUUUCGAUGUCGCAGUGUGAGCCCAGCUGUGCAUCAGAGGAACAUGAGUGGAAACACAGGAAACCUUCCACAUGUCCCUCGUUCAGUAGUAUCCCCUUAUAACUCUCCUGUGACGCCUGAGAUGUUGAACAUCUUUGCAAACAGCCAGACAAAUCUUGGGGUGAGCAGCAUGGCUCAGAGGAGCCAUUCUGUGCCGCUUAACAUCAUGAUGCAAACCGAGGUCCUGCCCACGCCGGGCCAACAAUGCAACAGCAAAAACAUCACCAAUGUCCUUCUAAACAAGCUGGAUGGGGACCAUGACGAUACAGUUCGGGGUCUGGGCAUCAAUAAUUUACCCUCCAGCUACACUGCACGCAUGAACCUCACUCAGCUCCUCGAGUCCGACCCCAACCUCACCUGCAGUGACAACCACCUCAGCCUGAUGACCUCUGACUCCACCAGCACAUGCAAGUUGCAGAGGCCCAAUUACCUCAUUGAAAAUGCUAUUAAUGAACAAAUGAGUCUCUCAGCAGGUGACAGCCGAGGACAAUCAGCUUCUGGAGAGCAGCGUCGACAACAGGCCCAGUCUAUGUUGUUAACUUUGAGCUCGCAGCAGCAGCAUCAAGACGAUCUACAGCAGCAGUUGGAUUUCAGCAGCACUGUGAAAGACCUCCUGACAGACAGCAGCCUUACUGCUGGCAGUCAGCUCAUGGAGCAGGUGUCAGAGCUAACUACAGGCGCGGCAGAUUUCCCUUGUGAAAUCAGAAUGACAUCGGAGCUCUCCAGCAGCAUCAAUGACCUUAACUCGUUGGACACAGACCUUCUGUUUGACCCCAACCAGCAGCAAGGGCAAUAUCAAAAUGCUGCUGUGGAGGAGGAGUUGGUGAAUGAUGCGCUGUUUCAGCAAAUCACCAGCGAGGCGACGCAUUCAAGUGGACUUGACUGGCUCGAGAGCAAAGAUCAUCCCACUGUCGGGCUGAUGGGUUGAUGGGUUGAGCUCUAACAUGUUGAACAUGUUAACCUGUGUUCGCUGUUUGUUUUAUUUAUUUUUAGGCAUUUACACUUUAUGAUGCAACACUGGACAUGUUGAGGUUUGUCCAGUUUAAGUGCCAGGCUGAACUGCAACGAUGCUGCAACCCUCUGAUUAAAAUGCUGGUCAUUUCUCUUUAUUCAGAGGACAUCGCCUCAUGUUGUUUGAUCAAGAGCAUUUCCAACAAGUAAACAGAAGUUACUGUACAAAAAAAACUGUUUUUAAUGAUGUGUGUCAUGUUUCACUGAACAGUCAGUGAAGAAAUCAUAACAGAGUCAUGCAUUUCUUAGUGUAAAGGAAGUGGAAAUGAAUGAAACAAGAUUAGCAUUAACAAGCCUUUUCCAAAAUUAUUUCUAUAUAUCAUUGUGUCUAAAUCUAUGAAGUGCAGGCAUUAUCUAACUAAAGCAUAAGGUACAGGAUGACUGAAUAUACUUACUGCUGAACUAAUAACGUGUCAUAAUUGAAGCCUAUUUGUGUGAUGAAAUGAAAAAAAAAUGGAAGUAUCCCAGACACCUGUUAUCCCUGUAGGAGCUUUAGGUGUCACUCUGCUUUAAAUGCAUUUUCUUUAACUGAAAAAGAUACUAACAAGAUAACAAGUGUGCACUCUGUUUAUAGAAAAAUAAUUCAAUGACAGGAACACAGAACCAAAUUCAUCCAUCUAAUAUAUUUUAUGAUCUGCUAGAAUGGAGCAUAUAACAGGAUGUGUAUGAAUUUAAGAUAAGAAAUGUACUUGCUAAUCAUAUAAUCAUAAGCGCAGUAGUGUUAACUCCUUUACUAAUGGUUGACUUGGAUGGAAUACAUGAAGAAUAUCUGUUAAUAUUUAAGUCAGUGUUUCUGAAAUGGGGUUACGUGUACACCUAGGGGUACUUUGGAGGACUGCAAGGGUAUGUGAAAUAUUUAAAAAAUGUUAUGCUGCAUUCAUGUGCUCCUCAGAUGGUCCCAUUUCCAGAGUAAAGAAGUUGUUCUUCUGACUUUAGUGUGUAGUCGUAAUGUGGAAACAACAUGAACACUACAAAGAUGAUGUGGUACUUCAUUGCUCAGAGCCUUUAAAAAACAUGUUGAUAACAGUGUGAAGCUUUAUAUUACAAAGUGAUGCUGUCCCUGACUGGUUGCUGCACCAGUUAUACCAGUUAUUAUAAUAUUGCUUUACCUGACUAAUGCUUAUUAGUAACUUUUCUAACUAAUUUAGGUCACUCUGCGUGGACAGUUACUAAUAGUUACAGUCUAAUACCACAUUACAAAUUACAUGUGACAAGUUACAAAAUUGACACACAAUAUGUGAAUUGACAAAAAGUCUAAUCGUCAACCAAAUAUUUUAUCUGUCUGCCAUGUUUCUGGAUAUAUGACAUCAACUCAGCAACUCAUACACUAAAAUCUUCACCAACUUUCUAAGUUGUUGUACUUGAGGGGGCGUACAUGUGAAUUUUCCCAGUCAAAAACUUUCCAAUAAUUCCCACAUCACAUGAACGCAGGGUUAAUUUGAGCUGGGUCUGUGCCACUGAGAAUGACAAAGAUCCUGACGCACAAGCCCGUGUCUCACAAAACUGAAAGCGCAAAUUGAUUUGCUAUGAAUUUACUAGUAAUGGAUUCUUCACAUUUUAAAUGUAGCGUUUCAGUACUCUUCAGUUACAAGGUUGUAGUUUAGUAAAUCAGACAAUGAUGUACCUCUUUAUCUAGGCGCGUCUUAUACCAAAAAUGUUUUGCACGGGUCAGAGGGUACUGAAAAAAUAUUUUAAAGGGGCUACUCUACUGAAAAGAGUUGAGAACCACUGCUUUAAGUUUACCAAAACCAUAAAAGAAAGUGAUAAAUGUCUACACUGUCAAAUCAUCUGGUUUUCAUAUUCACAUUUUCAAGCUUUUAUAAAAGGCCUUCCUGACAAUCAUCACAGACUUUGUGCCUCUCAGAAUGAGCCAAUCAAUUUAAAGAUUUAAAGAGCCAAGUCAACCUCUCAUCUCUCGAUCAUCACCAGAAUCAAAUAUCUGUUCAAUGUAGAGCUUUGAGAACUUGAAGAUGAUGAUAUCAGCACUAGAUUGAGGCCUCUUUUGCACUUAAUUUGUUUUUCAAGCCACAUUUUGCGAAAGUUUGAAACAAUUAAUAUUCUUACUCCAGUAAAGCCUUUUAAUUUACAUGCACAGUAUUUAUUUGUCCAUUGUUAAACCCACAGAUAUAUUAAGAAAACAAGCAGUGAAAGAUAAGACUACAACUCCUAACCAUCUGUAGGUAAAAAGGGAAAUUAUUUAUAACAGUAACCAUUUAUGUAAGAAUUAAAUAACCCUCAUGAAUGUGGGUUUUUGCACUUUUAAAGUAUGAUUCUUGUAUGAAAGAAAAAUUAUGGGACAUAACGCCAUUAUCCUUAGCGCUCAGAAAAUGCAUUAUCUGCAUAGUGUGCACAUUACUUUGAAGGUGAAGGUUCUCGUCUGAAAAUGACAAAAUGGACUAAGUGGGUGAAAUCGAGCAGAAAUUAACACUUGAUUUCUAAAGAACUGGAACGAGUCCGGUGCCUAAUGUAGCACUCGUCAUACUGCACUGACAAUCUCUUGUGCUUCUUUACGUAAAUGCACUGUGUUUGGUUUGGAUGAUGGUUGAACACUGCAUGGCCUGAGGAUUUCAAUCAAAAAGUCUAACCGCUAAUCACUGAUCAAACUGUGGAAGUUUUGUUUUGCACUGAUUAUGAGCUGCGUGCAAAGACGUCAAGCAACCACACAUGAGAUAAGAUUCACAGGGCUCCCUGAGGGGUUUGGUUUCUGAGUCUUAUGUCCGAACCAAAGAGUAACUUUUAAAUAUAACCUGCAAUAACAUGCACAGAGCUCAUGGGUGAUAUACUGAGAUAACAGCCAUAACUGAUAUAUUCUGUAAUGAGAAGGGUAAAAUGGGAAACAUUUGCAGCACUGGAAAACAUGUCUUUAUAAAAAACAAUCUGUACAAUGUUCGGGAUUUCUUUGUUUACUGUUGUUGAUGCUUUUGUAAACCCAACAGGUAAACAAUCUCUUUCUGGAGGCAAAAACCACUGUAAUUUAUUGUGUUUCUGUGUAUUAGCAGUAGAUCUGUGAGUGUGUUGGUACUGUUGGUCACACUGACUGUAUUGUGGUACAGACAGGAGGUGUGCCCGUCGAUCUGUGUGCUUUUGUUGUCACUAUUUAUUUAGAGUGUGAUGUUUGUACAGAACCUUGCAAACCAUAUAAUCUUGUGAACUCACAAUAAUAUGACUUGCACCGUUAUGAUGUUUUGUAGCAUAUGUUUUUAUGUGUCAUAACAUAUUACCACCAGGUAUCAUAUACAGUGUUUUGUUUGUUUUUGUUUUGUUUUUUUAGUCCACUGUGGUGAAUGAUGAAAAAAUUUACCAAAACUCUCAGAUUCAAAACCUGUCAGAACUGGAUUUGGGCAGAAAAUUAUCCCGUAAAAUGUUUGCACACUUUUUAAAAUGUGGAAAUGAGGCUAUCCAUAAUUAUAUGGUAAAAUAUUAACAUCCUGAUCGACUGCAAAUGCAACACGUUGAAUCUGUGUCAGUUGUUUUAUACAUGUUAGCAAACCUUUAAUUUCUGUUAAAGAUUACAUCACUGUAAUAUAUGAUCUCAUUUAAAGUCUAAUUUGAUUUUGAGCAAGUUAGACAAACUUUUCUUUUUUAUGUUUUAGUUUCUCUUUACUGUGUCUGUGAAAACAAACAAAACAUUUAUUUGGUUAAUACUGAUGUUUGUGUUUUAAGAAGACGUGACCCUUCCUCUUGUUCAAAGUGGUUCAGAGCUGUAGAACUGCCGUCUACUGUUUCGUUGCUGUGGUCAGUGUACUGGGAAUUUUCUUUUUUUUUUGCAAUUUAGCAAGAGCUUUUAUAAGGGGAAGUGCUUGUUGAUACUGGUUUAUAAAGACUUUUUAAAACUAAUAAACAU